AUGACCUCAGCUGAUAAUGUGAGCAUAGGAGAAGGGAAGCGGGAGUGCUGUCCUCCACACAAAGGAAGCUGCCUUAGAGCCCAGAGAGGGGAAGGAGGAGCCGAUCUUAGGAGGGCAGCAGUACUGAAUGGGGCUGGAGCUGGGGAAGUAGCUGAUGUUGUCGGCCAUGUUGAAAACUCAGAACUCUUACAAAGAAUGAUCCAAAACUUAGAAAGAGAGCUAAAAGGGACCAUAGAUUCUUUUGAUGUCAGACUACAGCAUAAUUACCAAACCCACCCAAACAAUGACUUAAUUCUCUAUGAGACUGUACCUUUGUUUGAUUUUGCUCUUUACUGUUUCGGCCUGAUCUCUAUGAAGUUAUAUGUACAUUGGUAG